CCUCGAAAUCAUUUGCGUUACAUCUCAUGGAUUGCUUAUGUAGUCACUCGAGACCCCAGGAAUGGUAUUCGUGAAAGUAUUGUAGUCACCAAUUCUCCACACGGCAACUACUAUAUACAAGAUGGCAUGGAUAUGGGUACCAUCAUGGACACUCACAUCCUCUCCCAUCAGGUAAAAGAGUCGCCAAAGGUCUAUCUGGAAAUGGAGGGACAGCUCACUGUCCACAUUGAAUGGUGUGAUUCAAUGAUGCUUUUCAACCAUAUCUAUCAUAAAUACGAUGACAUCCCUCGCAUUCAUUGUCAACAAAUGCGGUCAGAAAAACUUCAGUAUAUAAUCCCCAGGCUAUGGGUCAUUCAAGAUGAUGACAAUUACUUCAUUAAU